AUGAGAGCUGCUUCUUACAGCCAGAAGAGCCUGCAGGUCAAAGGCUCCAGCAGCAAAGUAAGGGUCCAGAGCCCGUCACCUUCCCGGUGCCGUGGAUCCUCCUAUGACAGCCGCGGACGCGCCGGUAAUCGCAGCACUGCCGUUGAGUUGGGCACAGAGAUACACCAGCAACAUGCCAACGAGAAAGAGGAAAUGCAGGAACUCAAUGUCAAGUUUGCGGGAUACAUCGGGAAGGUCCAGGCGCUCGAGCAGAGAAAUGGUGCUCUUCAAGCCGAGUUAGCCGCACUGCAGAGCCGCUACAAGGGAGGCCACACAGGCAUCGGAGAGGAAUACGAGCUCAAGUUUAAAGAGGUGCGUGAUCUGAUCGAGGCCCUGACUAAUGAGAAGGGAGCGGCUGAUAUUGAACGAGGCUACAUUGAGGAAGAGGUUGAAGUAUGGAGACUAAAGCUGGAGGAAGAGCUAGCACUCAAGGAAGAGGCAGAGAUGAUCCUGAGGGAGUUCCGCCAGGAUGUUGACGGCGCCACACUACAGAAGGCUGAGCUGGAGAAGCGCAUAGAGCAAUUGGUGGCCGAGAUAGAGUUCCUCAAGAAGCUGCACGAUGAAGAGGUGGCUGACCUCAUGAAGCAGAUCGAGGACUCAAAGAUUACCGCAGAUCUGGAUGGCGACCGGCCCGACCUGGCUGCUUAUCUGCGCAACAUGCGUGCAGAGAUAGAAUCAGUCGCUGCCCGAAACGUCCAGGAAGCUGAGAAGUGGUACAAGGGCAAGUUUAACACCCUCAAGGAGCACGCUGGCAAACACGAGGAACACACGAAGACCAUGAAAGACGAGAUAACGACCUUCCACAACCAAGUGACAGAGCUGCAGAACCAGAUUGAUGGGCUGAAGGCUCGUAACUCAGCCAUGGAGCAGCAGCUGGAGGAUAUGGAGAUGUCCCACAUGGAUAAGGCGGAGACCCUCGAGGGUGUCAUUGCUCAGUUGGAGACCCAGCUCUGCGAAACCAAACUCGAGAUGACCAAGUAUCUCCAUGACUACCAGGAACUGCUGCACAUUAAGCUCAAGCUGGAUGUGGAGAUCGCCACCUACAGGAAGCUGCUGGAAGGAGAGGAAACCAGGCUUGGAAUUGCCAAAGAUGUCUAAAUAUUCGUGACGAGAGGAUCCGCAAGUCAAAAGCAGCAACAGCGAAGACCAGCAGAGCAUUG